UCUUUAGAUAAGUGUACAUUUACAUAAAAUACGUACACUUACAACAGCAUCCCCAGUGUCAAAUCAAACACACGACUAGCGAUAAAUUACUAAAACUCGCUCGCUCUAAUCACCGUGAUAUUUAGACUGGACCCCACGCCAGCAGAAGCUGCCAUAUUUUCCUAACAGCUGUACACUGCAUCUCUAUGGCGCAGAUCAGCCCCACUUUGUAACAUUUUGGCGUUGUCAUGGUAACUGAUGACGAUGGUGUAGACUUUUUAUCGUUUUUGAGAGCUGGAUACAUUCAGCCUCCACUUCGGAUCCUAGCGGACUAGGUGCCCUCGCGUGCGGCUACGGAUCGUGGAUGAGUGACUUUAUUACUCAUGUGUGUAGUUUAACACGUGUGUCACACUGUAGGAGGCACACACACAACUUUCCAACUGGACCACUGGAUAUAUACUGGACAGUCCGUAACUACGACCAGACAACUCUAUACCGUGAAUAACCGCAUUCUCCGUAAACAUGGCGGUGGACGGUUGUGGGAAGUUUCUGAAGUAUUCCAUGUUCUUAUUUAACAUCGUCAUCGUAAUCGCGGGGUGUUGUUUAGUGGGGUUUGGUGUAUAUACCAAGACAAACCAUGUUGGAAUCACACGGGUAUCAUCUGUUCUUGGCGGGAACCUCGUUGUGACUCUCUCCCUUCUCCUCAUCAUCGCCGGGGCCAUUGUCAUCUUGCUUUCCUUCCUCGGAUGCUGUGGUGCUAUCAAGGAGGUCCGAUGUAUGCUAGUUACCUUUUUCGUGCUCCUCUUUAUGAUGUUUGUGGGUUUCGUGGUAAGCGCUGUGCUGGUUUAUGCAUUCCGGGAAAAGAUAGAGGAGUAUACCCUCAAACACUUGCGAGGCUCACUGCUCACCGACUACGGGAUCGAACCCGAGGUCACAGAGGCUUGGGACUCAAUGCAACAAAUCUUCAAAUGUUGUGGUGUGGAGGGGGACGUCAACUCGUCUAGCUCGUGGGCCUUCUACAAGCUGCAGUCAGCGUGGUACCAGAACCAACAGAUCCCUAUUCAGUAUGUGCCGGACAGCUGCUGCACUGACCCGACGAGUACCCCCAACAGGACCAUGUGUGUCGGCCAUGCCUUGUAUAUCGCCCCGACGUACGGACCUCCCGUCCCCCCGGAAAAGGCCAACGACCAGCUGUAUGGAAAGGGAUGUUACACACAGCUUGAAGGAUUUUUAUUGCGGAAUGUGAAAAUCUUGCUAGGAGUACUUUCAGGGAUUGCCUUCGUAAUGAUACUAGGGAUGGUGUUUUCCAUCUGUCUAUAUAGACGAAUACAGCCUACUGAUUUCUACUGCGAUUGAUGGAAGUCCAGCCUCGUUUAGGAAACAGAAGUAGAUGAUCCAGGAAGGCCAUCGAUCAAUUCAGUUAUAAUAACCUACUAUAGUAAAUCCGUAAUAUAUCCGGAAAAAAUAUCAAAACAAGGAUUACGCACUCAGAAAUACAUGGAUAAGGAUGUCAAUAUAAUGGUGUAUUGAUCAUCAUGCUAUUGUACUACACUGUUUUCAUCAUUCUACAUAAUCAUAUGACACAUACAUCCCAUAUGACUUGCGUGCGUAAACCCAAGAGGAACAUCGAAAAAACAUAUCAACAGAUAAUGUCCUUUUUCUGUUGUGCACAUACAAAUGUAAACAGUAAAACUCGAGGUGUGCGGAACAGCAUCGCUAAAUGUGCCUUGUCCGAAUUAAGCAUAUAGUGUUGACUACAUACAAAUGAUGAUUUAUUUUUGGUUUAAGAAAUACUGAUUUACCACAUUAUCGCUCGUUAUACAGCAGCGUCACAGAGGAGCAAUUUUGUUUAGUGCGUAAGACACCAUGUCAAACUGUAGUUUGAAUACUAAAAUAUUACUUUAUACAGAAAGACAGAAAUGUUCCAAACAAAGGGAAUGGUCGAAUAGUCUUUGUAUGUAUAGAUAUGUCUACUGUUGAUUAGUUAUGACAUUAAUUGAACAAACAACCAAGUCCUAUCCAUAGUCCUUGCGUAGUACGGGAGAUAACUUCAUAUAAAUUAAAAAAAAAUCCGUUAGCUCCGACUUCUUGCCUUCCGAAGAUUUUUAUCAGAAGGGAACAACUGUAAACUUUAGACAUUUUAGCAGUAUUCUUACUUUAGCGCUUUUCGAUAAAUUACGAUAGCGCUAAUUGCAGAUUCUGUACGUUGUUUUCUAAGGCAGUAUUGCUGACUCCCCGUUCAUCAUUGCGCUAAUCUGUUAAAAUUUAGUUAUUCGCUAAUAUUUUAGUGUUUUGUUUUCCUUGUAUAAUAAGUAAUGCUAUGACAAACAUAAUGAUAUGCAUUAAGGCCAUACUUUACGAAAUUAUUUAAUAUGUUGAGAUAUAUAUAUCUUCUUCUAGGGAAUCGUAACUGCUUCUGUUUUGAGUGUUAACAAAUUAUUGAGAACCAAUUGUUGAUUGUUCUGUAUGAAAUACGAUUGUACCUCGUGAAGUAAUUGGUUUGAUUUGAUGUAAGUAUCGCAUAUUUAAGCAUUGAUGUCCUUUUUUUUUUAGUUUCAUCGGGGUAUGAAACAAAUUUUGUUUGCAAACUUCUGUAAGAAUCCGCGUAAAAGCCUAAAA